UUGUACGCUGAAAAUGAUACGUUCUGUUUACUACCGCUACAAAUGCGAUGCUUUUGCCUUCUGCUGACAAUCCUACUUCUGAUCAGUUUAGCUUCAGCAAUUGGAAACAGUAUGCAAACCUCAAAACUGCUAUCGGCUUCCCAUUGCAAACAGAACACUUCUGAGCCUGGAGUUGGAACACUAUGUCCAAAAGAAACGAUGUUUAUCUAUUAUGAAUGCUGUUCACCGGGUUCACUGACAAUCACCGAAUGUUGUGCGUUGGUAAAAAUUUGGUUAAUGGUGGCUUUAGUCGGUGUAAUUUUGUCGUUUAUCCUUGGCAUAUGUUUUUGGUUGGUACGUUAUGGAUCGGCACUGUUCUGUCGCUGUUAG